GCUUCAACUAUUCAGCACAAUGUCUCGUCUUUACGCCAAAGGUCGUGUUCUUGGUUUCAAGCGUGCUAAGCGCAACCAGCGCCCAGACAUCUCGCUCAUCCAGAUCGAGGGUGUGAAGACCGCUGCCGAUACCGAUUUCUACCUUGGCAAGCGUGUUGCCUUCGUCUACCGUGCCAAGCGUGAGGUCAACGGCUCCAAGAUCCGCUGCAUCUGGGGACGUGUCACCCGUGCCCACGGUGGUUCCGGUGUUGUCAAGGCCCGCUUCCGCCACAAUUUGCCCGCAAAGUCGUUCGGUGCCUCCGUCCGCGUUAUGAUGUACCCCUCCAGAGUUUAAAUUUAUCGUUAAAUAAAUCUCGAAACGGAUCAUCCAUGGACUUUCAUACAUUAAAGGAACAAAAAAAAA